AUGCUGAACCAGUGGACAUCCUGGCCCCCAGAGCCCCGACCAGGAAAGGGGAUCGUUUACGAGGAGAUCUGGGAAAAAUGCUAUGCCAAGUACUGUGCCAGUGCCGACCUCCUGGCGAACUGGAACCCAAAGGAUUUCAGCUACGUCGUCAAGAAGUCAGACGUCCACUCCAUCGCCAGCGUCCAUGGAGACCUGGUGGAACUUGGCAAACGAGUGGAGACAAGCUCGGCAGCCGUUCAGGCUGAGGACAAGAUGAAGUUGCAAAACUACGGGCGGACGUACACGGAGAACGGACAACCAGGCGGCACGUACUACAAGCACCACAAGGAGCCUAAGCUUGGUCCUGGCGGCAUCGAAGUCUGGCCGGGGCUUUGA